CGUGCAGACGCUCCGGUACCAUUUCUCCUAAUUUAAUACCUCUCAUUCACCAUUCCACCUAAUUCCAAAUUAAUCUUGAUACCAUCUAUAAUCACUACCCACAAAAAAUCAAUAAAAAAGGGUAUUAGUAAUAAAAAAGGACAGAUGUAAGAAAUCAAAUACUCGAAAGAAGGUUACCCGGUGACCCUCUCGGAACUCAAGAGAUUUGUCUUUGCGGGAGAUAGACGAGGGAAGGCACAAGGAAGAAGAAUACCUUUUUUUGCUGCAGUUGCAAAGGACAAGGAAACACACCUGAGAGAACAUUCUGGGCUGACAUUGAUAUAUAUGAUCACUGAGAGGAAAAGUAUGCAAGAAAGUCUAUUUGUGGAUUCGUAUCAUAAUUGAACUCGAUGUUUUAAGACCAUGCCUCGCUUCCGACUCUUGUCAAUGGGCACUGGAAGACGAGGAAGAUUUAAGAGGUUUCUUAAGUUAGUGGUAGCAGUAGUGACAGUUUUUCUGUUCUUGUUCUGUGUUGCAUUUCCUAUCCUUGUUCAUUACUCCCCGGGACUGCAACGGUACUUAAUCUUCCGCCACACAUCUCUGCCUGGCCUUUUGUUCCUCUCAAAAACAGUGGAUUUCAGCAAACCAGAAGAUUUCAACUUGUUAGGAACUCGCAACUUUUAUCUUCAAACAGAGGACGACGUAUCAAUAGGAAUAUGGCAUAUCUUGCCGGAGUCUUUGAUGUUUUCGGCACCAGAUGGCAACUCCGAGAAAAGAACUAGAUGGUUUGAGGAAAGUUUAAAGAAGGGUAAGCCCAUCUUCAUAUACCUGCAUGGGAACCGGUUUUCUAGAGCUGCUUACUACCGUGUUGAGCUGUACCGUCUUCUACGAAGCCAGGAUUACCACAUUAUUGCCAUGGACUACAGAGGUUUUGCUGACUCAACUGCUGUAGCUCCCAGUGAGACAGGAUUAGUCACAGACGUAAAAGUUGUGUAUAAUUAUAUCAAGAAAAAGGCAGGGAAAACACCAGUAUUUUUCUACGCCCACUCCCUUGGUACUGGGGUUGCAUGUCAUGCCGUAGCAGACCUGUGUCAGGAAAGAAGGUGCCCGAACGGUCUUAUUCUUCAGAGUCCCUUCAAUAACCUCUUCAGCGAGAUCAGAGUCCAUAGCUUUGGCAAGGUACCUGCCCCCAAAGCUAUGGACUCUGGAUUCGCUGAAGAGGUUAUUGAAGGGCACUCUGAAGAAUAA